GCCCCUACCCUCCAUUGCCACCCCAGUACCCCACCCCACCAGCUUUUUUAAGCUGAACCAAACUGCAUCACUCCUUUGCAUCGGAGUAGCAGCAAAGCAAGUCAGUUUGUCCCGGGAGGAACACACACAAACAGGAGCUGAAGCACAUAGAUGUCUGCUUGACUUCUUGUUCUUGCACUGUUCUCUCUCCUCUGGGGCAGUUCUUGCAGCUCCCCCUUUCCUUGCGGCAGUUUCAGAGGUAGACGGAGGCCGAGGAGCUGUUCUUCUCUUGGGAUGUUUCUCAGUUCAAUCAUUCUUUCCUAACUUGUGUGGAGUAGUAGCAUGUGAGAUUGGUGGCGAACAUUCGUGCUGCUUGCUCUGCCUGUGAUCCAAUCCAACUUGGAGGAGCACUUGGAUUCCUGGGGUUGGCAUUGUGCUUUCUUGGACCCAGAGCUUGGCAAGAUUUGUUGAAUAGUUCGCCAAUCUAGAGAGCCCUACUUUGUUUAUUGGCCAUGGAUCAAGGGGACACCAGAGCCUAGAUCUCUGCAGCUAAUGGUUGCUCCUGCCUUUUGGAAUUUGGAGUAAAUUUCAGGGGACUUGUUCUUCUUGGUUCGGAUUUGGUGGUGACUAGUGAAGUGGUGAGGAGAAAAGCGAAAGGAAAAGAGUGAGAGCAAAAAGGGGGAAAGCAUACAGAGGUGAUUCAGGUUAUUCUUGGUGUGUCAAGAUGAAGUAUAUGAAGCUUGGAUCGAAGCCGGAUGUCUUUCAGACAGAGGGGAACAGUAUCAGGUUUGUUACAACUGACCUGGCGACGGACAUUGUUAUCGCAGUAGGAGAUGUCAAGUUUUAUCUUCACAAGUUCCCUCUGUUGUCGAAGAGUUCCCGCUUACAAACACUGGUGGCCUCAACAAAUGAGGAAAACAACGAUGAAGUAGACAUCUCUGAUAUCCCAGGCGGACCUGCAGCAUUUGAAAUAUGUGCCAAGUUCUGCUACGGUAUGAUCGUCACGCUCAACGCCUACAAUGUCCUCGCAGCCCGGUGCGCCGCCGAGUACCUCGAGAUGUUCGAGACGAUUGACAAGGGAAACCUCAUCUACAAGAUCGACGUGUUCUUGUCCGCAAGCAUAUUCCGCACCUGGAAAGACUCGAUCAUCGUGCUGCAGUCGACAAAGUCACUCCAGCACUGGACAGAGAACCUGAAGGUGAUCAACCACUGCAUCGAUUCCAUCGCCUCCAAAGCUUCCAUAGAUCCAUCGGAGGUCGACUGGUCAUACACCUACAACAGAAAGAAGCUUCCAUCCGAGAACGGCCUCGACUCGCACUGGAACGGCGUGAGGAAGCAGCAGACGGUGCCUAGAGACUGGUGGGUGGAGGACCUCUGCGACCUUGAGAUGUGCCUGUACAAGAAGGUCAUCUUGGCCAUCAAGGCCAAGGGGAGGACAAGCAGCGAGGUGAUCGGUGAAGCGCUGCGGGCCUACGCCUGCCGAUGGCUGUUCAGUUCCCUGGACAAUGCUGUCAACAAUGGGCUUGACUGCACAAAGCAUCGUGCUGCUCUUGAAACCAUCAUCUCCCUGUUGCCAGCUGAGAAAGGUUCUGUCUCCUGUGGUCUCCUUCUGAAGCUGCUGAGAGCUGCAUGCUUGCUGGGGUCCGGUGAGACCUACCGCGACGAGCUGAUGAAGAGGAUCGGCGCGCGUCUGGACGGAGCUUCAGUCUCAGAUCUUCUCAUACCCGCGGAUUCCAACGAUGACGCUAUGUACAAUGUAGACCUGGUCACUGCAAUACUGGAGGAGUUCAUGCUGCAGCACACAGAUGGGAGUGAGCGAAAGCUGCAAGAAGACGAAGAGACCUUGGAUGUAACUGAUAACCUGAUCACUCCUGUCUCCAGCGCUUCGAAGCUGGCCGCUGUCGCAAAGCUGAUCGACGGGUACCUUGCUGAGAUCGCCAAGGACCCCAGCCUUCCUCUUACAAAGUUCAUCGCGCUCGCUGAAUCGGUGCCUGCCGCGUCUCGACCGGUGCACGACGCGCUCUACCGCGCCAUCGACAUGUAUCUCAAGGGGCAUCCGGGCAUGUCGAAGAGCGAGAAGAAGCGGCUCAGCGCGCUGAUGGACUGCAAGAAGCUGUCCGCCGACGCGAGCGCGCACGCCGUGCAGAACGAGCGGCUGCCCCUGCGCGUGGUGGUGCAGGUCAUCUUCUUCGAGCAGGUCCGGCAGUCGUCGGUCUCUGCCGCCGGCGGUGCCCGCAGCGCUCCCGCGCGCUCGCUCCUCCUGCCCAAGGAGGACGGCAACGGCACCUCGUGCGGCAGCUCCAGGUCGGCCGCGACGACGGCGACGACCGAGGACGAUCAGUGGGCCGGCACGGGCGCGCCGACGUCGACGUCCGGCGGUGACGCCAGCUCGCUCCGGUCGGCGAGCCUGGCCGCCAACAGGAGCGGGAGGAGCAGCAGCGACAAGAAGGACAAGAAGAAGGCGAAGGGCGGCGCGGUGGCGCCGGCGCCUGCGAAGAGGAUGUUGGGGAAGCUGUGGUCCGGCAAGGCGAGCAGCAGGGAGAACAGCGGCUCGGACACGUCGGAGAGCCCCGCCGGCUCCGUCAACCUGGAGGAGACCAAGUCAACGCCAUCACGAAUCACGAGGCAUUCUGUGUCAUAGUGAUUGUCUUUUUUUUUCCUUAUUUUUUUGGAAGCCAGUCAUGGUUUUGUUACUACUGCCUUGGAUUGUAUUUGCCUGACAGAAAUAUAUUUAGUGUAAUAUUGAUUAUUAGCUACAUAUCCUUUCUAAUAUUCUAGUAGUAGUAUAGGCAAGUGGAGUGUGUGUUUGCAAUUGAAACUUCGGAAUUGGCUAGAAAAUCAUUCGGCUCAAAAUUUCUGUAC